AUGGACCGAGUGACAUACAUCGCUCCAUGUUGGGAAGGUCACGGUCACUGGGUGAAGCAAGAAGAUGGGACGACCAUCGUAGCCCGGUUCUGCAUAGCUGAUGUGUGGAACCCCGUGACAGACCACUCGUGGCUGGCAGUCAUGACAGAGAUGCCAGAUCCACUUGAAGAAAGAAGAAGAUUGAGGAGAAAGACGCCACCAGAGUUGGCAAAGAUGGAGGUUCAAGAAGACGAACCAGGGGAAGAGGGGAGAGACCCUGAACCCAGAAGAAGAUCAAGACUUUUGCAGCUGAUCAUGGAGGAGAUGACAGCUCUGAUGGAAGACCCCUCAGAAGAGGCCCUGAAGACGACGAUGCAGUCUGUGGCCAAACUCCGAAUGAUGAUGGAGACGGGCACGAGUGAAGACGUUCUUCAGACGAGGAUCGUGGGCCUGGGGGAGGUGAUGAAAGACCUUGAAGGAUGGAAGAAGCCCAUCGAAGAAGAACUGAAGUCUUUGGUGGAAGACAAGAUGGCCCUUGAAGCCAUUUCCAAGGAGGAGGUGGAGAAGAUGUUCAGGGAGGCACACGCCGAAGGAAGAAAGCUGGAGGUGGUGCCAGGAAAGCUGGUGACGGUGGUGAAGCCCGCACCAGAAGGAGGAAAGAAGAAAGCCAGAAUAGUGGCGUGUGGAAACUUCACGGCGAAAGAUGCCCAGGACGAACUGUACGCGUCCACUGGUGAUGCAGUGACUUUGAGGAUCAUGAUGAAGUUAGCAUCAGAAAACCAGUGGGACGGAGUCACGUUGGACAUCCGUACAGCGUUCCUCAACACACCAUGGGAAGACAUGGAUGUGUUGGUGAAGCCACCCCACUUGCUGAUCAGGAUGAAGCUGGUCGAAGAAGGCACGCUGUGGCGGCCGACGAAGGCCUUGUAUGGCUUCAGAAAGAGCCCAAGGUUGUGGGGAAACCACAGGGAUUCCACGAUGAGGAAGAUGGAAGUCCCACAUGAAGGGAAGCGACACAGAUUGACACAGCUGGUGUCGGAACCCAACCUCUGGAGGAUAGAUGAGGUGAAAGAUGAGGAUGAAGAAGAGGAGAAACCGAAAGGGCCUCCAAAAGCCCUGAUGAUGGUCUACGUGGACGACUUGUUCGCCACAGGUCCAACACAGCUACUGAAGGCGCUGACUGAGACCAUCAAGAAGGAAUGGAACACCUCAACUCCAGAGUGGAUCAACGAAGAUCCCACAAGAUUCCUCGGCAUGGGAAUCUCCAAGACCAAAGGAGAGGAUGGUCUUGAAGUCUGGGCAGCAUCCCAGCAGGACUAUGUCAAGGAGUUGCUGAGGAGGAACGUGGGGGAGGAUGAGAAGAAAUGGCCCAAGAGAAAGGUGCCAAUCUCCAAGGAUCCACCGGCUGAACACCAAGAAGAGCCAAAGGUGGAAGGAGUCAGGAAGGCCCAGAAGAUAGUGGGCGAAGCACUCUGGUUAGUCACGAGGACCAGACCAGACAUGAUGUAUGCCUUGGCGAAGAUGGCCAGCCAAGUGCUGCAUCAACCCCAGUGGGUCGCAGAGAGCGCAUCCCAACUGUGGGGAUACAUGGCUGCCACGAUCCAUGAAGGGAUCACCUUUGAGAAAGGUCCAUCAUGGGAAGGAUGGGAAGAGCAGUCAGGGCUUGCUGUUUAUGCUGACGCAAGCUUCGCACCCUCAGGUGAAGAAAGUCACGGUUCAGUGAUUGUGACUCUGAGGGGAGCCCCGCUGCUAUGGAAGAGCUCAAGGCAGUCGACGGUCAGCCUUAGCACAGCGGAGGCAGAGCUGAACGAGCUCAUAGAAGGACUGAUGAUGGGGGAAAGUGUUGCAGCGAUUUUGGAGGAGCUGGAACCCCACAUCAUGAAGAUGAUGGCAUCAGACUCGCAGGCAGCGGUGAACAUCUGUCUGGCAGAAGGAGGAAGCGAAGACAUGCUGGCAGACAUUGGGACGAAGAGCCUGACGUCAGCCAGGUUGGAAAAGCUCAAGAAGGGGCUUGGCAUGAAGAAGAUUGGAAAAGAUGAAGAAAAGAAUGAGGAGCCAGAAGAGAAGACGGCACCAGAAGAGGCAGAGAAGAUCAAGAAGAAGGAACAGGGGACCAGAGUCCCAAAAGAAGUAGAGAAGGCACUCCAGUGCGUGGCGUUGAUGAUCGCCAUUCAGGGAGCCAAAGCUCAAGAUGAUGAGGAGACCGAAGAAAGGGCAGAGAUGUUCCACAUUGAGCUAAUUCUGAUGUUUGCUCUUGUGGGAGUGGUCUCAGUGAUCCAGAGGAUCAUCCCUUGUCUGAUGGGCUGGCUUCGGAGAGACCGACAGCCUGAGGAAGAGCCCGCAGAAGAAGAAGGAAGCAGGGUGAGAGGAGCACCCACAAGACGCCAAGAAGAACAGGCGUUGAGGACCCCAGAGAGCAUCAGGAGGAGAAGGAGAGUGGAAGCCAGGGAUGAUGAAGACACAGAGGAGGAGACAGACCCAGGUGUUCCAUUCCCUCACGGAGAUCGUGAUGGGAACCUCUUCCUGAGGAAUCCGCCGGGCCCAAAAGCACCGCCAAGACAGCUGGCACACAUGUAUCCCAUCCCAAAGGGACAGCAGAAAGGCCAGCAAGCAGGCCAAGCAGGCACACAAGUAGGCCAAUUGGGCCUACAAGCAGGCCGACCGGGCCAACAGGCAGGCCAACAGAAAGGCCGCCCACAACAGGCAGCUAGCAGCAGCACAACACCGGUGCACAUGCUUGUGCCACCACCACCACCACCACAAGAGCCAGGCGCAGAGCCACCACGGCUGGUGGAAGAGUUCUUCCAAGGACUCGUACAAGAAGAACACGAGCACCCAGAUGAUUGGGACCCGGAGACCCAUGGGCAGAUUUACCCAGGGAAAGGAAGUCCACCACAGGCAUACUUCCAAAGGAUGGCCGAGAAGGGUCAAGCCAAAGGGAGAGGAAAGAAAGGUGAUGAUGAGAUCGCGGCCAAAGGCGCGAAAGGAGGAAAGAAAGGUGAUGAUGAGAUCGCGGCCAAAGGCGCGAAAGGAGGAAAGAAAGGUGAUGAUGAGAUCGCGGCCAAAGGCGCGAAAGGAGGAAAGAAAGGUGAUGAUGAGAUCGCGGCCAAAGGCGCGAAAGGAGAAGGAAGCCCACAGAAAGGGGCACCCAAGGGCCAAGGAAAGAAAGGCCAGGCAGAAGGUGAAGAAGUCCCAGAGACUGGAGCACAAAAAGGAGGAGGAAAGAUGGCCGAGAACGGCGAAGGAGAUGACGAAGCAGCACCUCCAAGAGUGCCAAGUGACGAACAUGGCGUGGCACUGCCGGUGUACAUCACGCCAUGGGGCACAAGAUUCCAUACAGGGGUCACCUGCCCCACUUUGGCGAACUCUGGAUGGAUGGUGAGGUCGCCGUGGUGCCCUCUGUGCUGUGUCGGCCUCCAGCCGAGCUCCGCUACCAUCCUCUACUCAGAGGGACCGGGGAGAACAGUGCAUAGCCGACGAGAAUGCGCUGGGCCGAUGCAAGGCUACCCCAUGUGCCAACGAUGCGACGGGUACCAGAGGUACUGA